AUGGAAAGGAAAUCGUCAAAUACACUUUGGGCCGCUUGUCGUGCAGUGGUUUUUGGAUGCAUUGUGAUCGUCAUUGGAUUGGCGAUGACGGUUCUCGGAUACUUCGAUAAACAGUUCUCCGAGAGAAUGGAAGUUGUCGAUGGUUCUAUAAUCGUCUAUCAUGAUCGAGUAGUUCAAUAUCAACUAAAAAGCAUGCAGUAUUUGGGACCGAUACUGAUGGGUAUUGGGACGUUUAUUCUUAUUAUUGCAUGUGUUGUUACAUUAGAAAGCAGAGAUAAACACGCUCAGGUAUGCAAACACGAGGUGCUAUUUUAUUUCUUUAUUUACGUACAAGCUGACGUUUCGGCGGAUUUCACCUUCAUCAGAGCCUGGAAAGGUCAAGUUGAUAGCAACCUAUCCGACCAAACACCUCCAUAA